CCCGGGACCGGCCUGGGAGCUCGCGGCAGCCUCAGCCCUGUCGCUGGGCCGUGGCGCCAGGCCCCCACCCUGGGUAGGGCGCCAGGUCCCACCAGUUAGUGCCUGGGACAGCGCCUGCGCCCAGGUACCAGCCCGAGAGAAGAUCUGAAUCCGGAGCUGCCAUGAUUGAAGUGGUAGCAGAGCUGAGCCGAGGUCCUGUGUUUCUGGCGGGGGAGGCGCUGGAGUGUGUGGUGACAGUCACCAACCCCCUGCCCCCCACGGCCACUUCUGCAUCCAGUGAGGCUCUGGCCUGGGCCAGUGCCCAAAUCCACUGCCAGUUCCAUGCCAGUGAGAGUCGAGUAGCACUACCUCCCCCUGACUCCAGUCAGCCAGAGGUCCAGCCCGAGAGCCAGACUGUCUUUCUGCCGCACCGAGGUGAGAGGGGUCAGUGUAUCCUUUCCACCCCACCAAAAAUCCUUUUCUGUGAUCUGAGGCUAGAUCCUGGAGAGUCUAAGUCAUACUCCUACAGUGAAGUGCUGCCCAUAGAGGGACCACCCUCCUUUCGGGGUCAGUCAGUCAAGUAUGUCUACAAACUGACCAUUGGCUGCCAGCGUGUCAACUCACCCAUCACUUUACUCAGGGUCCCUCUGAGGGUUCUUGUGCUGACAGGCCUUCAAGAUGUCCGGUUUCCCCAGGAUGAGGCUGUAGCCCCAUCUAGUCCAUUCUUGGAGGAGGAUGAAGGUGGAAAGAAGGAUUCAUGGCUAGCCGAGCUGGCUGGGGAGCGUCUCAUGGCUGCCACAUCCUGCCGCAGUCUCCAUCUGUACAAUAUCAGUGAUGGCCGAGGAAAAGUUGGGACAUUUGGCAUCUUCAAAUCUGUAUACAGACUCGGCGAGGAUGUGGUGGGGACCUUAAACUUAGGGGAAGGAACUGUAGCUUGUUUGCAGUUUUCAGUAAGUUUACAGACUGAGGAGCGUGUACAGCCUGAAUACCAGAGGCGCCGCAGGACAGGAGGUGUCCCCUCUGUCUCUCAUGUGACCCAUGCCCGGCACCAGGAGUCCUGCCUGCAUACAACCAGAACCAGCUUCUCCCUCCCCAUCCCUCUCAGCUCCACCCCAGGCUUCUGCACAGCCAUUGUGUCCCUGAAGUGGCGAUUGCAUUUUGAAUUUGUGACAUCGCGAGAACCAGGUUUGGUGCUCCUACCUCCCUUGGAACAGCCCGAGCCUGUCACCUGGACAGGGCCUGAGCAAGUGCCCGUAGACACCUUCAGCUGGGACCUCCCAAUCAAGGUGCUGCCCACCAGCCCUACCCUGGCCUCAUAUGCAGCCCCAGGCCCCAGCACCAGCACCAUAACCAUCUGAAACUGACUCACCGAGAAGCUAUCUUUCUUCAGGAUAUGGAGAACUCAGCACUUGGACUCUAUAGUAGGGCCCAUUUUCCCCUCCUGGUUCCAGUGGCAUGGACAAUGAGAGGCAGGCUUUCAGCUGUAGCAUUAAUUUAUUUAUUCAGAAUAAAUUGGCAGCUGCUAGUGGUUUCCCUGGAAGUGGCAGCAGCGAUGGGCAGUUAGCAGAAAGGUGAUCGGUUGAGUUUAUCUGGAGUGGGAAGCAGAAGCCCCAGGAGCUGGGGUGUUGGCUGAGCCCCAUUCGGGGUCGGGCCCUCCCCCUUUGCAGGGCAGCCGAGGGUCAGAUUUUUGGACCAGGGAGAAUUGACAGGUUCCUGCCUCCUGACGUACCUCACACUCCGCGGGGAAGUCGAUGGGAUGCUGAGACCUGGGGAAGCAAAGCGUGGGAAAGGAGUCGGCCCGGUUAAGGCCCCCUUUAUCCCUGCCCCACUUUUUCUGUCUGCCAGCAUUCCUCCCAUGUCUUUAGUGCCCUCUUGGUCCCCAUGACUAAGCUCUCGCCUGCCAUAUAUGGAUUUUUUCAUUUCAUAGCAGAAAUAUUUUCCCUCCAGACUGCCCCCUACAUCCCUCACUUUUAGCUUGCAGCCUUCUCUCUCUCUCUCUCUCUCUCACUCUUGCUGGUACCUUCAGGUUUGGCCAGCUUCCUACCUCUAUUCUGUUCAUUCUUUCCUCACAACAGUCUGGUUAUACCCCAGCAGUCCCUCCCUGUUGUUCGAGCCAUUCUCCCUGGCCGUCUGUGGUCACUCACGUGUCACAGCAGCCCACACCGACGGGAUGCAGACAGGUACAAUGGAAACAGUCCUUGCGGAGCCACGACUCACCCAGGGUAAAAUAUUUCCCUUCAUAGUGGCAGGGGGCUAGGGAAGAAGAGGAGGUGUUAGUAUGUGGGCGAGUGGUGGUGGCAGACAAAACCGCUUGUGGUCCGGAGUAGGAGAAAGUAAGUGCAUAUCGCCUCCAUAUCUAGUCUCCUAUUUCCGAGUUGGGGGGAGUCUGGGUUUUCCGAUAGAGGGUCAUCUCUACGCCCCCCUCAUCCCCACUCCCUCUGUCCUCGUCUUUUCCUGAUGCCUCCCCAGCUUUACCUUGAGCUUGGAAGUAGCACUUGCUGUGGACUCCUGGCUGCUGGAGGAGCAGAGAUAUCACUAAGCAGAUGAUUCCCCAGCUUCCCAGGACUCUCUUCGCCUCUCCAGACCAGAGCAUCAUUAGGGUCAUUCCUGCAGCACAGCCCUCUCGAUCCCUUCUUGGCCUCUGUGCAGAGUACUCUGGUCUUGUCUUUAUGGCUUUUCUUUGUUUUUCUCCUUGGGUCUUAGUUUCUGUCUCCCCUGGGCUCCUGUCUCACACCAUCUCCUUGCCCUCUGCUCUCACAGGCUUGGGAUGUUUAUAAAGUGAGGACCCUGGCCCCCUGCUGAGCAGAGCUGGAAAAGCUGUAACUCUGUUUCCUGAGGUGAGGGCAUGAAAACAAGAGGUCUAGCUUUAA